UGUCCUUUCACUGAGCUCAUCGCGACUGGCAUGAUCUCAAGACUAGUAGGCGGCCGCAUAACACUCCGAUACUCCCCGAGGCUUUACCAGAGUUCCCCAUUCAUCCUCUCAUUGAGGUGCGCUGGGUUGAGCACCAUGGCAAAGUUGCCGCGUUUGCCCGUGCCAGACCUUCGCAAGACGCUGGACCGUUACCUGCAGUCUAUUCAGCCUUUUCUGCGCGAAGACGAGGCACGCGGUCACUCUCUUUUUGAAGCAAGCUACGAAAAACGUGUUCAAUGGGUAGAUGAUUUUGAGAAAGGUAUCGGCCGCCUUUGCCAGCAUAAACUCCAUGAACUGGACGCUCGGUCGCCACAUAACUGGCUAGACGAUAAUAUUUGGACAAACCAUGCCUACCUUUCAUGGCGUGCCCCGCUCCUCAUCAAUUCUAACUGGUGGCUUACAUUCAUUAAUGAUCCGUCCAUACCCGAGUCGAUCUUGCGCGGUGACACUAGAUCAGGUAUUGAACCCUGGCAAGUGCGCCGGGCCGCGUGCAUAUUACAUCGCGUUCUAGACUGGCGCGCCCGCAUGGUUAACCAGCAUCCAGACCCUGAUACAACCCGUACUGGUGUCUGGCUCCUCACUAAUACGGAGAAGAUGUUCAACACAUGUCGCUUACCAAGAGCUGGAGCGGAUGUCCUUGCAACCAGGAAUCCGGCAUCUGAACAUGCCCAGGAUAUCAUGCUCAUGUUAUAUGAUUUUGUGUAUACUGUAAGGGUCUGUGAGGAUGAUCGGACACCGUUGCCUGUACAGACCAUUGAGGAUGGAAUACGUGCGGUAGUACUGGACGUAAUUAAGAGAAUAGAGUCUGGGGAAAGCGCCGUGCCAGUUGGUGUCUUGACCUCGGAUGAUAGAGACCGUUGGGCAGAGAAUUAUCAACACUUGCUCUCCCUUUCACCCACAAAUGCCAUGACCUUCUGCGCUAUCAACGAAUCUAUAAUGGCUCUUUCUCUCGACCACUACACUGCCAUGCCAUCGCAUUACCCAACCCCUACCUCACCAAGUUCUUCCCAAUCAUCUCACGCAAGCAUCCCAGCAUUAGACUCCGACGCAGAAGUCCACGCACACCUUCACAACACCCGCUCCCCUCCCCGAGCUCGGAACAGAUUCUUCGACAAAAACCUGACCCUAUCAUUAGAGCGCAAUACCCGUGCUGGCGCAAUGGGUGAACACACACCUGUCGAUGCCUUGGUGCCCAGCAUCGUCUUUGAUUACAGUGUCAUUACUGGUAUCGACUCUUCUGCAUUCUCAGAGCCUGUUCCGCGCCCUCUUACUUUAGAAGAGGCUCGUGUGAGUGAUGAUGGAAAAGGAUGGACCCGUUUGGACUGGGUGAUUGACGAGCGGAUCGAAACUCAGAUAAGAGAAGCGGAAGGACGGGCUCAGGCCUCGAUCAAUAACUCAGAGGCAGGGAUUUUGGUAUUCGGGGAAUAUGGAGCAGAUUGGAUAAGUAGUGUUGCCCGCCUUCCGCCAGACGCCUACACCCAACUUGCACUUCAACUCGCCUGGUACCGCUCCCGCGGAUUCCUCACAGCGACCUACGAAACAGUCCUUACGCGAAUGUUCAAUGCUGGCCGUACAGAGUGCGUGAGGAGUGCAAGUGUGGAGGGGUUAGACUUUGUUCAAGCUGCUAAGGAAUGGAGAUGCGGAGCUGCGUAUGUGGCAGAGGGGGGCCAACACGAAGUGGAGCCUCGCGCACUUCUUUCCCUCCUCCAACACGCCAUCCAGACUCAUGCAAGGCGCACGAGGGAAGCUGCUACGGGUCGUGGAAUCGACAGGCACUUAUUAGGCCUGAAGUUGAUGCUCGAAGAACUCCCUGUAGAUGCGUCCACAUCUACUUCCUCCUCCUUGGACUCUUCCUCGAGUUCAAGUCCCACCGAUCCCCCGCAAAAACGUACGCACUCUCUCUUCACUGACCCUCUUUUCUCUCGCUCUCAGGAGUGGAAGCUCAGUACUAGUGCCCUGAGCUCCGGUGACCAAUUCCGAGGCACCGGCUUUGGAGCUGGCUGGGAAGAUGGUUAUGGGAUUAAUUAUCUCAUAGCACCCCACCGCAUCAAAUUCUGUAUAGAGUCCAAAUUCUCGUCCCCUCUCACCUCCACGAACAAGUUCAAGCAGCAUAUCGCAGAUGCGCUCCAGGACAUGCGGGCGAUUUGCGAGGCUGGAGAACUCGAGUUGGAAGACAGAAAGGAGAAAUCAGUGGAUGGGGUAGACACGCGGGUGCAGGCGCGGUUAUAGGCCUGGUGUCGAACAAGUAGAUAAUCGCAAGCGAUCGAACACCCAUGCCAGUUCGAUAGAAGCUUGUUAGAUGCUCGAUCAAGAAUUCCAUACUUGCAUGAAACGGUUAUCAACGACCGUCCUCGCUUAUCACCUGCCCAACUUGUGUUGGUGAUUACGACGUCUAAACUCUACUAGAUCACCCUACUCUCAUUCGCACAAAACUAAACUAUACCUACUUAUCGUAUACUACACAAUACACCACUCAGACAAUUGAAACGAGAAAACUCG